GCUGCGCCCGCCCAGUCUUUCUCCUUCUGCGGGCUCCCUCGCCCAGCACGGCGCGGUCUGCUUAGGUUUCUGUGGCAACGUGGCUCUUUCUCUCCCCUCCCGGCAGGAAACGCAAGGUGGGUCCGUCGGCGCGGGAGAGGACGCUUCGGAACCGGGGAGGCCUCCCCGGGCGGCAGGUGCAGCUCGCCCGCGGUUUGGAGGAGCAGAAGCCGCUGCCAGGUGAGGUGCUCUUUGUGAAACUGGAGUGACGGGAGAAGUGAUUCGUAUGACUCAUCAGCAGCACAGUGAAGGAAGAGGACGGUUAUCUACAGAAUUCAGUCCUGGUUUGUUUGGAUAAAAGAUCUCUUGAGCUAGGUACAGAGGAGACGGUUUUCCAGCCUGGAACUGAGCUCUCAGAAAAAAGUAACUCAAAACCCGGCUGGGAAGUAAUUCCUGCCUGAGUAGAAGAUGGAGGAUUCUUCUGCCAGACCUGCAAGCCCCACAGGACUGACCUAUGUAGUGGCCACCUCACAGAUCCUGGGCCUCGUGGUCAUCACUAUGAUGGCAGCCUGGAUUGGACAGUAUCGGGGUGGCAUUGCCUGGGACAGCUCUCAGUUACUGUUUAACGUCCACCCUCUCUGCAUGGUCAUUGGAAUGGUAUUUCUUCAAGGUGAUGCCCUUCUGGUCUACCGUGUCUUCAGGAAUGAGAGCAAGCGCUCCACGAAGAUUCUGCAUGGGCUCAUCCAUGUCCUUGCACUUAUCAUUGCACUGGUUGGUCUGAUUGCUGUCUUCCAGUACCACAAGAAGCAAGGCUUUCCAGAUAUGUACAGCCUGCACAGCUGGUGUGGCAUCACUGCAUUUGGCUUCUACUUUAUACAGUGGUUGUUUGGAUUUUACAUCUUCCUCUUCCCUGGAGCAUCAUUCUCACUCCGCAGUAGAUACAAACCACAGCAUGUCUUUUUUGGAGCCUUCAUCUUCAUCCUUUCCAUUGCCACUGCCCUGUUGGGAAUUCUGGAACUGCUACUCUUCAAAAUAAAGGAUACCUAUAGCCUCUUUGUUCCUGAAGGAAUCCUUGCCAACAUCUUGGGCCUCGUACUAAUAGCUUUUGGGGCAGUUGUGGGUUACAUCUUGACCCGGCAUGAAUGGCAGAGACCCCCAUUGGCUGAGGAGCUGGCAUUGUCCAUGGAUUUCAAAACCCUCACAGAAGAAGGCAGCCCCACAAGUUUGCAUUGAGGCUUGCUCUGCCAUCCACAUUGAGGAUCUGUUUCUAUGUGGUAUCUGACUUGUCCUGUAGCAUCAUGCAAUUGCCACUGUUGCACAUGUGUAAGCAGUCCUUUCACUGUUGUUUCAUGACCCCCUCCCACUUGCCUUAUAUUUUUGUACUGUUUUCUUCAAUGGCCACUAUAAAUGUAGCAUGGUGAAAAGGAUUUGUAGCGCCUGUGCUGUGUCAGUCAUUUGUGCAAAUGGAGAUUUGGUGUCAUGUUCCCUGUUGAAUAAAAGCAUGAUCAGGAUUCAACUGGUUAUCAUGCCAUAGGAUUAAAUCAGGAGUGGGCAAUUUUGGGGGGACAGAGAUUGCACUUUUGGGGUAUCAGUGCCACAGUAGAGAAGGAGGUGGGACUGAGAUUUUGAUGGCUUCCAUCAAAGAUUUUGAUGGCUUCCAGAGUGUGUGUGUGUGUGUGUGUGUGUAAUUUGGGGGAUGUGCUAAAUUUAUCAAUUGACUUACACCCUCUUUGUUUUGCUUCCUGCUGAUAAUCAGCAGAAAAUAACACCUCUCUUUUGUUUGGUGAUUUGCUGCUAAAUUUCAGUAGUAAUUUUGGGGGCCUCUGGAAAGCGCAAGAAAUGGAUUCAGAAAAUGCUUAUGGACCACAAGCUACCCACUCCGGUGUUCACUGCUUUCAAAGGAUUGUUGGCAACCCCAAAUGGAUCAGAUAUCAGGAGGAUAGCAGUUUCCUUCCAGUUUGAAACUGUAGUGUUGACAGAUCAAUAGCAAAUAAAAUUUCAAAUGAUAUUUCACCAUUUAGUGUCAUAAGUAUACAUGUAGUUUUUCCAUCUGUUUCCAUGAAGAAAUCAAACUCAGUUGGUGAUAAGAUAGAAAAUAGAAGUGUUCUUUUUGCCAUUUAACAUCUUUUUCCCUCUGCCAGCAGAUAUUUGAUUGAAAUGUCCAUUCUUUCCAUCAUCAUUGCCUUGAGAGCUAUCAGACUUUAUUUUGUUGACAUCUGGACUUACUGUUAAAUAAUCUCUCUGCAAUAUGUGUGGGUAAAAGCCUUUCAUCCGAUAUAUGCAAAAGGUUGGGAGCUUUGGGAUUCUUUUAGGAAAGGAAUGCCAAUUCAAUUCAUGCCUCUAAAACCAAGUGAAUUUAUAUUCAUAAACUAACUUUUCUCAAGCUGGCUGAGAAUUUUGGGAAUUGCAUGCCCAAGAUAUCUAGAAGGUAGCAGAGGGAAAGGCUUGUUUCAGUAUGUCUGUCUUUCUCCUUUGCCCUUUCCUAAACAAUGGUAUGUUUUGAAAAAUCAGAAGGAUUAUUAAAAAAAGAUUGGAGAUCUCAGUUUUCUUUCUGGGCAGUUACAGAGAUAUUCAGUGCAUCUGUCAUAAUAAGAAAAAGAUAGUGACCUAAAAUAUUUUUCAUGGCGCAGCUAUAAGAAUGCUUAGCUAACAAAGUUGAAGGCACUCCACAAAUGCCAAGUAUUACAUGUGAAUUAUGCAUUUUCUCAAGUACUCAUUGACUUUUCUCAGCAAAGGCAGACCCCAAAUAUUUAACAGAGUCAAAAGGGGAAGUGAUCCAGUUCUCUAACAACCUUUACUUUGUUUUUUCAAGUGUUGCCUUGAAACAAAUGAACUUUCUCUUAUUCUGGAGUUGUUUCCCUUGUGUUUGACACAUUAGCUGGAUUCCAAUAAAUAUUUG